AUGUUUAUCAACUUUGCCAUUCUCGCCGCCGUAGCCGCCACCUCGGCCAUGGCCAGGCCUACCAUUCGUGAAAACGUUGGCGCGUCUGGUGUCCAGCCUGUCCAGUGGCAGAUCACUGCUCCUGAUGGCUCCCUCAAGUGCCUUGACGUCAAGGACGGUGCUCUGGAGAACGGCACGCCGGUUCAGCUCUGGGACUGCAUCGACGGAAACACCAACCAGAUCUGGACCAAGUCGAUCACCAGCGGCAUUGGCCCUAUCGAGCUUAAGGGCACACCCUUCUGUCUGGAUGCCGGCGAUAACCCAGGCGACCAGAGCCAGCUGCGCAUCUGGGACUGCUACUCUGGUCUUCCUCAGCAGCAGUUCAAGGUCCAGGGCGACACCCUUCAGGUCGCCGACAAGAACCUUUGCGUUGACGUUCCCGUCGUUAGCAUCUACGAGGACGGCACCAGCAUGCAAGUCUUCACUUGCUUUGCGAACAACGACCAGCAGAAGUGGACGCCCAAGGUCGUCGGCCCCACGUACUGGCCUGCCAGGGGCGGCGACUAA